AUGAAUAGAACCGGAGAUGAUUAUCCUGCUUUGACCGUUGAGUUUGAUCCCCCUUUCAUCGUACGAGACGUCGAGAGGGACCGCGGAGGCGACAAGGAGAAAGCUCACGACACUGAAAACAGCAGCAAAACACGGACCGAAGAUCGCCAUGUCAGACCAGCAAGCACGAAAAGUGGAGCCAAGUGCCUUGCCCAAGGUUGGCUAGGCUCCAUCUCGCCAAAUCCCGUUGAGCUCAAGUUUGCCCUAGCUAGAGCCUCGAACUACAUCGACCACAACCAGGGCAAGCGCGACUCAAAAACCGAGAAGAAGGCUCUUGUCACCGUCCUCUCCAAUGUACCCAAGGAGAACAUCGAGGAGAGGUACCUGAUCAACUGCGAGCUCGGCCGUGGCGAGUUUGUGGUCACCUUCCCAUGCAUCGACCAAGGCUCGCGAAAGCUGCUCACCUGCUAUGGCAUCUCGAAGCAGAAGCUAAGGACGAGCAUCGAGGCGUGUGCGGCGGCUGGUGAUGAUCAUGAGCACCGCGAGCUCGACUUUCUGCAAAGAAAAGAGAAACAGAUGGCGUCAAGGCAAGCUAAGGAAGAGAGGGCCGAGGAGGCGGCGAGGAUCGCGGCCUCCGAGCUCAGGGACGUGAACCGGGACCGCGAGAGAGAGCGCGAGUACGGAGCAGGCGGAGAGAGGGUGGCCGCGUUCGACGCGCUGGACCAGCCGCAGCAGCAGAGGCCUGGCAUGAUCGGGUCGGUCCUGAGGGCGGUCCACGACACGUACGAGCACGCGAAGGAGGUGGUCGUUGGCAAGAGCCACGACGCCGCCGAGACUGGCCGUGAAGGCGCCGAGUACACAGCUGACAGGUCCCGCGAGGGCUACGACGCCACCACGGGCAAGGCCAAGGAAUACAAGGACUACACGACCGAGAAGGCAAAGGAGACAACCGACUCGGCAGCCCAGAAGGUGCAGGAGAAGACAGGGGAGGCGGCUGAGAAGGCGAAGGAGACGAAGGAGUCGGCCAAGGGCAAGCUUGGGGAGUACAAGGACUACGCAGCUGAGAAGGCGAGGGAGACCAAGGACUCGACGCUGGGGAAGGCAGCUGAGUACAAGGACUACACUGCCCAAAAGGCCGAGGAAGCAAAAGAGAAGACGAAGCAGAAGGCUGGAGAGUACAAGGACUACACGGCGCAGAAGGCCGAGGAAGCCAAAGAGAAGACGAAGCAGAAGGCAGGCGAGUACAAGGACUAUGCGGCGCAGAAGGCCGAGGAGGCGAAGGAGAAGACAAGGGAGACCAAGGACGCGGCUUUAGGGAAGGCGGGGGAAUACAAGGACUAUGCGGCAGAGAAGGCGAAACAAACCAAGGACUACACGGCGGAGAAGGCGAAGGAAGGGAAGGACACAACAGCGGGGAAGCUCGGUGAGCUGAAGGACUCUGCGGCGGACGCAGCCAGGCGGGCCAUGGACAUGCUGUCCGGCAAGAAGGAGGAGACCAAGGAGAAGACGUACGAGACCCUUGAAUCUGCCCAGGAGAAACUGAGGGAGACGGAGGAGGAAGCGAGGAGAAAGAUGGAAGAGUUGAAGGUGAAGGAGAGAGAGUACGAGGAUGACGCCGCACGCAGGGCUAGAGAGAAUAGGGAGGCUUGGGAAAAGGAGGGAGACAGGUCAAAUAUAAUUCCCAUUUAUAAGGGCAAGGAGGAGAGAGGAGGGAUCUUGGGCGCGAUAGGGAGCGUGACGGGGGCGAUCAAAGAGAAGCUGACGCAGCCAGGCAACAAGAAGGAUGAGUCGAGCAUGGCUGGCAGGGGUGAAGGCGAGGGCCGGGACCGGGACCAGAGGGCCGAGGCCGAGAAGGUGGUGGAGGUCUACGUCGAGGACACCCCACCGGGGGCCAUAGCCUCCACGCUGAAGGCGGCCGACCAGAUGAGCGGCCAGACUUUCAACGACGUCGGGCGCAUCGACGAUGAGGGGGUCGUGCGCAUCACCGACCGCCAUGGCAAGAUGUGA